AUUGGUUAGAGUCCAUAGCCUCCAUGUGACAGCUCUAGAGAUAUUUGAAGAUGGCUAUCCUAUCUCCUCUCAGUUUCCUCUUUUCCAGGUUAAACAUACCCAGCUCCUUCAAGCGCUCCUCAUAAAGCUUGCUUUCCAGACCCUUGAUCACCUUGGUUGCCCUCCUGCGCACAUGUUCCAGCUUGUCAACAUCCUUCUUAAACAGUGGUGCUCAGAACUGGACACAAUAUUCCAGGUGGGGUCUGACCAAGACAGAAUAGUGUGGUACUAUUAUGUCCCUUAACCUGGACACUAUGCUUCUGUUGAUGCAGCCUAGAAUAGCAUUAGCUUUUUUUGCUGCUGCAUCACACUGUUGACUCCUGUUGAACUUGUGGUCUGCUAAAACCCCAUAUACUUUUCACAUGUGCCACCAUUAAGCCAGGUGUCCCUAUCUUAUACAGUGGUACCUCGGGUUACAUACACUUCAGGUUACAGACUCCUCUAACCCAGAAAUAGUACCUUGGGUUAAGAACUUUGCUUCAGGAUGAGAACAAAAAUCGUGCAGCGGUGGCGCAGCGGCGGCAGGAGGCCCCAUUAGCUAAAGUGGUGCUUCAGGUUAAGAACAGUUUCAGGUUAAGAACAGACCUCCAGAACGAAUUAAGUUCUUAACCACUGUAUAUGUUUUGUCGGGUCUCUGGAUCGUAAUAAAGAUUGAUUGAUUGAUUGAUUGAUUGAUUGAUAUUUGUGCGUCUGGUUCUUCCAGCCUAAGUGCAGAACUUUACAAUUCUUGCAAUUAAUUUUGUUAGUUUGAGCCCAGCUCUCUAAUCUGUAAAAUUCAUUUUUAAUCCAGAUUCUGAAUUCUGCAGCAUUAGCUACCUCUCCCAGUCUAGUGUCAUCUUCAAAUUGGAUGAGCUUGUCACUCCCCCCCCCCCCACAGGAUUAUGACACAGCAUUACUGGCCAUUCUUUGGGUUCAGUCAGUCAACCAGCUACAAAUCCACCUAACAGUUACCUCAUUCAGUAUAGGUAAAGGUAAAGGGACCCCUGACCAUUAGGUCCAGUCGUAGCCGACUCUGGGGUUGUGGCGCUCAUCUCGCUUUACUGGCCGAGGGAGCCAGUGUACAGCUUCCGGGUCAUGUGGCCAGCAUGACUAAGCCGCUUCUGGUGAACCAGAGCAGCGCCUGGAAACGCCAUUUACCUUCCUGCCGGAGCGGUACCUAUUUAUCUACUUGCACUUUGACAUGCUUUCGAACUCCUAGGUUGGCAGAAGCAGGGGCUGAGCAAUGGGAACCGCCGACCUUCUGAUCGGCAAGUCCUAGGCUCUGUGGUUUAACCCACAGCGCCACCUGCGUCCCUUCAUUCAGUACAUAUGCCCCCUUUUAGAUCGGCGUACAAAUUAUAUGUACUGUACUGCUUGUUGUUGUUGUUGUUAGUUAAUAACAGGCAUAGGCAAACUCGUCCCUCCAGAUGUUUGGGACUACAGCUCCCAUCAUCCCUAGCUAACAGGACCAGUGGUCAGGGAUGAUGGGAGUUGUAGUCCCAAAACAUUUAGAGGGCCGAGUUUGCCUAUGCCUGGUUAAUAAGCCCAGUUGGUAGCGCAAGAGACUCUCAGGGUUUUUGAGCCCUACUUCGGAUUCCUGCAUUGCAGGGGGUUAGACCAGAUGACCCUCAUGGUCUCUUUGACAUGCAUGAUUCUACUUUUGUUGUUGUUAAUUAUUGCUACUACUGUUCAAUGGGGGGGGGGGGAGGAGGAGGAGGCCGCAAGACGAUAGAGAGCGCGAAAGGGGGACGCUAGAGCGGCGGAAGUGGCGUCGCGGGCGUGAUGACGUUUCACAGACCGCCGGCCCCGCCCCUUCCUUUCGGCGUGUCCCUCGGACUGGGCAUGGAGGGCUCUGCCGGCGAGAGCGGGGUGGCGGCCAUGGAGGCGCAGGCUGCCGGCGAAGGCUUCACGCGGGUCCGCAAGCGGAAGCGGCGCGCGUGCGAGCGCCAGGAAGGCGCCAUGGAGACGGCCGAGGGCCCUCCGCCCCUCAAGCGGCCGGAUUUCCCCCCUCUCCGCGGGGAGGCUCUCGGGGUGAGUCGGGGAGAGGCUCGUGGGGGCGAGUCGGGCCCUCCAGGCCCUGCGUGGGCGGCUCAGGGGCCCCGUCCCGCCUCCGGCUUCGUUUUUAUUUCUGUGACUUGCUACGCUUCUAGAGCUGUGCUCCUUCCAAGGUGCUUCGCGUGGUUUUCCCCCUCAUGUAAAUCCCCACAACCACCCUGUGAGGUAGGCCAGGCUCAGUGAUAGGCCCUACGUCACCCAGUGAGCUUCAUGGCUGAGAGGGGGAUUCGAACCCUGCUCGCCCUAGUCCUUUUCUAUAUUUGUUGAGAAAAUGCACCUAGAGGUUUCGUCAGUUGCCUAGUAAAUGACGUAGCCAGAUAGCAUCUGCCUAGCCCAAAUAAAAUGGGGUGCUCUCCCCUCCUUCUGCUCCUCUCGCCUUAAAUUUGUUCUGGGGUUUUCCCCAAGACUCUGGAUAAUUUUUGGGGAGGGACUAGGGCAUAUCUGGUUGGGGAGAGGAGGGGCUAUGUGUUAGACAAACCAGCCAUGUUUGUUUCGUCACAAUGCCUGCGCCAGUCACAUAUUCUACUUCUACUUCUUUGGCAAUCGCUUGUAGCUGAGUAAGAUUGUCUUCCAUGAACAUGGUCUUAACAGCGAGUCCGUAAGUGACUGUGGAGGCCGAUUCUGGACCCACAUGUCCUUCCACAGUGUUGUUGUUUAGUCGUGUCCGACUCUUCGUGACCCCAUGGACCAGAGCACGCCAGGCACUCCUGUCUUCCACUGCCUCCCGCAGUUUGGUCAAACUCAUGUUGGUAGCUUCGAGAACACUGUCCAACCAUCUCGUCCUCUGUUGUCCCCUUGUCCUUGUGCCCUCCAUCUUUCCCAACAUUUGGGUCUUUUCCAGGGAGUCUUCUCUUCUCAUGAGGUGGCCAAAAUAUUGGAGCCUCAGCUUCACGAUCUGUCCUUCCAGUGAGCCCUCAGGGCUGAUUUCCUUAAGGAUGGAUAGGUUUGAUCUUCUUGCAGUCCAUGGGACUCUCAAGAGUCUCCUCCAGCACCAUAAUUCAAAAGCAUCAAUUCUUCGGCGAUCAGCCAUCUUUAUGGUCCAGCUCUCAAUUCCAUACAUCACUACUGCUAAAACCAUAGCUUUAACUAUACGGACCUUUGUCGGCAGGGACAUAGUUUUCCAGGCGGACGUUGAUCAUGGUGAGGGUGUGCCAAAUUUGCCUUCCUCUUAGCACCCUUCUCCCUUUCAUCCUGCGUUUGAGUGUCUUCAAAGCCCAUGACACCUUUGGUAAAGGCUGUUCUCCAAUUGGAGCGCUCACAAGCCAGUGUUUCCCAAUUGUUGAUGUUUAUACUACAUCUUUUUUUUAGAUUUGCCUUGAGAGAGUCUUUAAACCUUUUUGUUGACCACCAGCACCCUUUCAGUUCAUUUUUAAGUUAGAGUAGUUGUUUUGGAGGACGACAAUCAGGCAUCCACACAACAUGACCAGUCCAACAAAGUUGAUGUUGAAGAAUCAUUGCUUCGACACAGGUGAUCUUUGCUUCUUCCAGUACACUGGCAUUAGUUUGCCUGUCUUCCCAAGUGAUGUGUAAAAUUUUUCAGAGACACCAUUGAUGGGAUCUUUUGAAGAGUUGGAAACAUUAGUCACUGCACUACACUUUCUGCACGAUGAUCAUACGAGAAGAUCUUACAUCAUGUUAUGGGAAAUCUUUGGGUAUUGCAAUUCCUGGGUGCAGCUAUCAUUUUCAAGUGAAGUACAGUCGGUUUUUCCCACCACACCUUGUGCCAGGAGUCAUACAGGUCUGGAGGGUGGCAACACAAGAACAGACUCCCCAUCUGUGGAAUGCUCUCUCCAGGGACGUUUGCCUGGCACCUUCAUUAUGCAUCUUUAGGCACCAGGCAAAAACGUUCCUUUUUAACCAAGCCUUUGGUUGAUGGGGAGCGUAUUGGGUUGUUGCUGCUUUUAUUUUGAUUAUGUAUUUUGUGGUUUUAUAUUUUGAUUUUAUUCUGUGCACUGCCCUGCAACAUGCAGGUAAAGGACAGUAUAUAAAUAAUAAUUCAAUAAUUAAAAUAGAUGGCCCCCUGAGUACCUCCCAACUCUAUAAUUCUAUGAGUCUGUGUUUUGAGAUGUAACGGGCACUUGUAUCACAGUGAAUUACUUGACACGGGGUACUGUGAUUAGACCUUGAUUUGGUUCAGUGCUCGAAAUUCCACAGGCUCCAGUUGCGUUUUGCGACUGGUGUGGGUCCAUUUGCUACCAACAAGUGAAGAUGUCUUGUCGCCAGUUUUGGCAAUGGACAUCUCCAUCUGGCUGGUGUGUUUUCUGCUUCAGACAUGCCCCCACAUGCCCCGGCAUCAAGAGACACUGCUGCCAGCUGGCUGAUCUUUGGACAUCUUGUCCUUAUUUUUUUCUUGAUUGUUUUAUUUGAUGUUUUAAUGUGUUGUAAACCACUUUGAUUUUUUUCUCUUUAAAAUAUAAAGCAGAAUAGAAAUGAAAUUAAUAAUAAUAACAAUAACCUUAUUGUGGGGGGGAAUGGCGACUAAACAGUAUGUUGUGGCAACUGUAACCUGGUGAUUAACUUAUAUUUCUUAGUUUCUGACACUGGUUUGGUUCUGCAUUCUGAUGCAAAUCCUGCUUUGGCCAGUGCAGGUCACUCAAUGGGUUAUGAUCAAGACUUAAAUUCUUGGCUAGGUUUUUGCUGUUAUUCUGCCUCCCCAUUUCUGAAUUCAUGGGUGUUGCAGGGAGACAAAUUAUGGUUGAAAAUUGUCAUUUUGGAAGGAUUCAACAUUCAGUAUGUGAAUAUUCCCCAAACCUGAAUCUUGGUUAGAGGUAGGGGAAGUGGUAGCAUGUACUAUGUUUACUCGAAACUUUUGCUAUACAGCCUAGUUUCUCAACUCUGUUUGAUCAUUCUGAAUAAGUUCUGUCUUCACUAGAAUAUACUGUUAUGGGAUGAUUUUCCUUAUAUGUUUCUGUACUGCUUGUUAGGUCAGUAUAAACUUGGUUACCAAUUCUGAACAACAACAACAACAACCUCUCAGACUUAAAGUAAAAGUUUCUAGCAAAAAUAAGUCAACUGGGCUUACUAGCCACAGUUUUCCUAAGGUUAUUGAAAGCAAAACAUUAAGAUAAUCAUUGAAUUGAAUACUUAGAGUAAUUUUACUUGUCAUGCAAUUUAGAUUCUGGUGCAAAGGGAUCUUAUUUAUUUGUACACAUAGGAAUUUAUAUACUGCAUUAAAAAAAGCUUUCUCAGGGAAGUGUACAGUUGAUAUAAUAAAAAUGCUUAAAACCAACAUUUCUUUCUUUCUUUCUUUCUUGUUUGGUCUUUUAUUAUAGGGUGGAAAAGGUGAAGUGAGGAAAAUUUCUGUACCACCAAACAGAUACACACCUCUGAAAGAAAACUGGAUGAAAAUUUUUACGCCUAUUGUAGAACACUUACAGCUUCAAAUUAGGUUUAAUUUAAAAACAAGGAAUGUAGAGAUAAAGGUGAGCUGUAGGAUGUGUUUUCCUAGAACGUAUAAUGGUAAGCCAUCGUGACCAAAGAGUGUACAGGGGCACAAUGCUCAUUUGUGCCUACCCCUCAACUUUCACCUGUGUCUCCUCAUGCCAGGAGGAAUAAUUGAUAGAUAGGAAAGACUUGAAAACCUGACUGCUGAACUAAUCCCAUGUCCAUUCUAAUUAAACUAUGAGUUAAGGGGCAAAUUUAGUCACAAGCAGACAAUUGGCUGUCCCAAAUCCAGCAUGGGUCAAGGGAAGUAAUAGUGCCACUGUAUUCUGCUCUGGUCAGACCUCACCUGGAGUACUGUGUCCAGUUCUGGGCACCACAGUUCAAGAAGGACACUGACAAACUGGAACAUGUCCAGAGGAGGGCAACCAAAAUGGUCAAAGGCCUGGAAACGAUGCCUUAUGAGGAACGGCUAAGGGAGCUGGGCAUGUUUAGCCUGGAGAAGAGGAGGUUAAGGGGUGAUAUGAUAGCCAUGUUCAAAUAUAUAAAAGGAUGUCACAUAGAGGAGGGAGAAAGGUUGUUUUCUGCUGCUCCAGAGAAGCGGACACAGAGCAAUGGAUCCAAACUACAAGAAAGAAGAUUCCACCUAAACAUUAGGAAGAACUUCCUGACAGUAAGAGCUGUUCGACAGUGGAAUUUGCUGCCAAGGAGUGUGGUGGAGUCUCCUUCUUUGGAGGUCUUUAAGCAGAGGCUUGACAGCCAUAUGUCAGGAGUGCUCUGAUGGUGUUUCCUGCUUGGCAGGGGGUUGGACUCGAUGGCCCUUGUGGUCUCUUCCAACUCUAUGAUUCUAUGAUUCUAUGCCCUUUGCUGCCCAGAAUGUGUUGAGCAGAAUUGAUGGUAGCAGAGAGGGAGGUGCUAGUUAAUGUAUGAGGUCUUUGGCCCUGGGAUGAGGAGAACAGCCUGCAAUCAAGCAGCCUCUUCCCAUGUCAUGUCAUCUGGUGCUUUGUAAAGUAGGAGGACCUAGUAUUUGCUAUUUAAUGAAAGCAUGUCUCUCCCCCCCCCCUUUUAGCUGAAAAGGGCUCACACAGCAGUUACAGGCUAAAAAGACGUGACACGAAAGCAGGGUGGGAGACAGGGUCAGGCCCUAGUUCCUAGUGAAAAAGUUCAGCAAGUAGUAGUGGGCUGGAUUUAAGCACUAUAGUCUCAGCGGUGCCAUUUGGUGGCUGGCAUUGGAGCAGUUGCGGCGGCUCUCAGAUAAAGCCGGAACCAGACAGGAUGGAUUCUCCUGUUUAACUAGCUGAAUUAAAUAACGAAGCCAUUGGGGCAGAGUCAUUGAGGUUAGUGGAUAAAUCAGUGCUGUGGAAGUUCCAUUAAUCUCGGGAGAACCUCACUUAUUUCUUAGUAACACAAAGAUACAACAACUUAGAUCUGAGCCAUUCAUCAUGGAGAGUUAACUUUCAAUGCGGAAUAAAACUUUCAAUGCAGAAUGACUUUACAAAAUCAUUAUGUACUGUUGCAGAGUGUUUUUGUAAGGGUAAAUAUAAUACAGAUUUAGGAAUGGGUAAAAUUAAAGUGAAGUUGACCAUUGGGAGUUGUCAGCAUAUGCUUCUGUAGGAGGAAGAACAGGGUCGCCUUUGUGUUAAUGGAAGCACAGGGCUUGGUUUUUAAGUUGAAUGAUAUAGAGAAGAGCAGCUUGUAUACUAAAUCUCCCAGCGCUCCAUUGCCCAAACCUUAACAACUUAUUUUCUCUUCUAGACUUGUAAAGAAACAAAAGACGUAGGUGCUUUGACAAAAGCAGUUGAUUUUGUGAAAGCUUUUCUACUUGGAUUUCAAGUUGAGGUGAGUUACUUGUUUUUAAACAGAUUCUCUGGCAUGCAUAGGGUAAAGGAUUUCUUUUGUCUUUUGAACAAUGGAGAUUUAACAAUCUGUUAUCCAAAUGAAGAAAUUGACUUUGUAUUGUUGUGCUGUGUUCCAGCCAUCCCUGCACUGAGAUUUGCAUGCUUGACUUUCAUGUAUGAUUUCUGUUUUAGAGUUUAUUAAAGCUGUUUUCUUUGGGGUGCUUUGUAGUCAAAAGGGGAAUAUGUUUUGCCAGAGUGGAUGUUUCCAGGUUUUUAAAACAAAGGUGAUGGUUUAAAAAUAGGAGCAAAAGUACCAGAUUAAUAUUGACUUUGGAAAGCUUUCCUUAAUAUUUGCUAAUAUACCUUAAUCCUCCUGUUGUGGAACUUGUAUUUUUAAAAGCUACAAAUGAUAGCCAACUGUGGUGUCCUCCAUGCACUGGGCUUUUGGUAGUGAGACAUCCCUUCUUCCUCCUGCAUUCUCCAUGCCCACGAACCCCCCAAAAAAAUCUGUUUAAGGGUUGAGGUGAAGGAAUGGGUUUCUGUGCAGUCAGUCUGAAACGGGACCCAAACUCCACAUUUUUCCUUCUCCAAGGGAGCAUUUCUAAAAUGCAUUAACUUGAGCUCUUGAGUCAAUGUAUAAACAGAAAACCCAGCUGUAUAAACAAGUGCUCAAAGCCCUCUCCCUUAUCAGUCCGUGACGGCAAUGAGUGGCCUUGCCAGUUCCGAGUAGAGCAGGGAGGGCACGUCUGGGUCUUAUCUUACAUCCUGACCACAAAGACGCACAGACCUUGUCAAGUCUGACAAGAGACCCGGGAAUGAUGCCAGGAGUUGGUGACCUCCUGCCCCAAAAUAAGAGUAUAGGAACAGGAACAACCUUUUAUGGUCAAGAGUGCCGGAACAGGAACAACUGUUUAUGGUCAUGGAUGUCAACUUACGUGUAUAAGCUGACAUGCUUGGAUUCCUGGGGAAGGGGGGAGAGGGUGCCUGGAGGAUAUAUAUACUGCAUGAAAUUUCUCAUUUCUUUGGACUUGCUGUGGGCUGACCACGCAAGUGCCUUCUGCUAUCCGGAGAGCAGAAUAAACUCUUUCUCUGAAUCAACCUCAGUGUCAUUUGACUUCCUUCCACCCAUCCGGGAACAACGCAGACCCCACCAGUCAGUAAAGUCUAAGAAGGCUACAGAGGAACCCCAUAGGACAGAUUGGGGGAGCAAAGGAAGAAGUCCCCAUCACACCUGCUGUUGUGACAUUGCCUCGCCCUUUAUAUCCUGGGUUCUUCAAUGCUCCGUGAGCCAUUUUCACAGGACUGUCAAUCACUGGAUGUCACCCACGUCAGGUGACCCAUUUUAGCCAUGCUGCAAAAGAAAAUUCAGAAGCCGCUGCCAGUCAGUUCUAUUUUUGUUCUAAUUUUCAUACUGUCCCUAAUUAGGUCCUGUGCCUGCCCUGUAAGAUUACUGAUUUUUGAGAAGUAUUUUUUUGUUUCUUAUACAAAAUUUCAAAUUCCACAACUCUCUUCCAGGAUGCACUUGCUCUCAUCAGAUUAGAUGACCUUUUUCUGGAAUCCUUUGAAGUAACAGAUGGUGAGUCUUCCAUUUUUAAGGUCUUGUGUUUUCAAAACCUCAGUAUAGAUGCAUUUUUCAGUUACUGAGGAAUGUGUAAGCACUUACACUUAAGUAACAAACGCUACUGCUCGCUAUUAAAAUGAAAGGCUGUUUUAAAUAUCAUUUUCCUUCACUCUUAUAACAACACAUAAAAUGAUUGCAGAGCCUGUGUGUCCUUAACUUUAGUUGUCUGAUCUCCCUAUUAAAGCUUGCAGCCUUAGUUUUAACAGUUAACAGUUCUAAGUGUUACUAAUUUCAAAUAGCUUGCUUCAAUUUGAUUAUUAAUUUUGGAAUAAACAUUUAAAAGUAUUUCAUUCUCAUGUGGUUCUCAGUGAUCUCUUACUCAAGAGAUUAACUCGGUUCACAGCUACUGAGCAUUAGUUGUGCAACAUCACAUUCACCCAUAUGAUUCAUUGAGCCCAGAACAAACUUAUUUAGGACUAGGUUGGAAAAAAUUUGUACGAUGAAGUAACAUUGACCUUUUCUCUUUAGUCAAGCCGUUAAAAGGAGAUCAUCUUUCUAGAGCAAUAGGAAGAAUUGCUGGGAAAGGUGGAAAAACAAAAUUCACUAUUGAAAAUGUGACCAGAACACGAAUAGUUCUUGCAGACUCGUAAGUAUAAUCCAGUAGCCUGUAACAUUUUCUUGUGGUAUGAAUAUGAAUUGGUGUACUUUCCGUGCAACGUUCUAUCUGGACAAGACUUUUUAAAAGUGAUUGUAGGGGACCCUGAAUAGGCAGUAAGAUGCUAUCUGGCGACGUCAUUUACUAGGCAGCUGACGAAACCUCUAGGUAUAUUUUCUCAACAAUUUCAAAUAGCUGUGUAUGUUUUCUUGUGGCAAUUAUUCCUCAUGAAACAGCUGUAUUAUACAGCACUAAGUAAAGAAUGGAUUAGCCCCAAUUAAGAUGGAUUCUCCAGCCGCCGCUGCCGCCCCCCUCGGUGCGCUACGGUAGAUGGUGUGGUUUUUAUCAUGCAGUGCAGCAAAGUGGAUCUGAAAUGAAGUAGAUGAGGACAGUACGAUGCCAUGGCUACUUUUAAUGCUUAGGAUUUAGGAAGAGCUGAGCAUCUGAUGACUGAAAUCUCUCCUUAUGGAGGCACAGUUCAGUCAGGUGCUGAUUCUACCAAUGUGAGACUGUUUGGUCCUUUGGGGUCACUAAAAGGAUUUUUUUUCAAGUAUUAGUCAAAUAUUCCUAAAUACUGUACAUUCCACAUGUAAAACUUCUUAUUUUCAUUACAGGAAAGUUCAUAUUUUAGGGUCUUUCCAGAAUAUUAAAAUGGCACGAACAGCAAUCUGCAACCUCAUCUUAGGUAAGCCUCUUUUAACAAAAGGAAAUCUAGAUUUAAAGAGCCCUGCUUUGGGCUAGGACUUUUAACUGGCUUUGCUUCCAUUGAUGGCCGAGACACUACAUUUCUGAGCAGAAAUAAUUACUUACGACUUUAAUAAUCCAGAAUGGUAGUAAGAGGUAGGUAUAACCAUCAGUACCCAUACAGAAGGAAAUUAGGUUCAGAGGCGGCUUUUGUACUACUAUCUACAGGGCUACGCAUCUCUAAAUACUUGUUUGAAAGCUGCUUCUUUUGAAUAUAUUGGUACUCGUGGUUUUAUCUAUUUUUAAUCAUUUUUCCUAUUCCUUAGCAGCAUGACCUUUGUGUGCAUGUUCAUUUUAUGUCUUAGGAUUGUCUAGUAAGAUCAACGUUGGUAUCAAUUAUAUUUUCAUUUUAAGUGCUGAAUUUCAUUAUCAGCAGUACUAAUACUUUGCUUUCUUCUACAGGAAGUCCUCCAUCAAAGGUUUAUGGCAAUAUUAGAGCAGUGGCCAGCAGAGCAGCAGAAAGGUUUUAAGACGGACAAUGUUGGAUUUGAAGCUAAAUGGAUUUUCUGUACAAUGACUCGUAUACAGAAACAGUGGGACUGAAGAAAAAAGUCUGUGGCAACUCUUCACUCCAACAUGGGUGUAGGAAAGACUGUAACUCUGUUCUCCAGCAGACAUAUUGUCUGAUGAGCAUAUGUAAUAAAGAUGGCAAGCAAAAGUUUUGCUAUAGCCAACUUGCCUAACA